UCUCGCUCUAUAUAUAUAUAUCCAUUGUAAAGUUCAACGGCCAUUGUAAAUGCUCACCACCUUCCCUUCUCUUCAUAAUCUCAAUCCCCUCUUUAAAAUUUUUCAAUCGUUCUUCUCCACCGCCUCCGCUCAGAUGUGAGGUGAUCCAGGAAAAACAACCAAACAAUACCACUUGAUAACAAGAUUGAAGCCAAUUAUGGUGAGCCUAAGAAGGCGAAAACUCCUGGGACUUUGCACUGGCAAAGGCUCAUUUGUUGCUCCGGUUUCAAAAUUUUCUGAGGAUUUGACUACUGAAGAUCACGUGUACGGUACGGAUUUCAUUAGUGUUCAUCCCGUCUGCUCAGACAAAGUGAACAAGAUAAAAGAGAAUCCAGUUGCACGUAUAGAGCCUGAACCGUCAGGGGUAUCUGUUUUGGAUACAUCAAAAGAGAAAAAUGACGAGCCAGUUGCAGACCCGCCCGUCAAGCGCCGAAAGAGACACAGGAGAAAGCAGUUUUUGGACGAACCGUUCUUAAUGAGAGGUGUUUAUUUCAAGAACAUGAAAUGGCAAGCCGCUAUAAAGGUUGACAAGAAACAGAUACAUUUGGGAACUGUCGGAUCACAAGAAGAAGCUGCUCAUUUGUAUGACAGAGCUGCUUUCAUGUGUGGAAGGGAACCCAACUUUGAUCUCCCUGAGGCGGAGAAGCAAGAAUUGAGACGGUUUAAUUGGGACGAGUUUUUAGCCAUGACCCGUCGUGCGAUUACGAAUAGAAAACAGAAGAGGCUCAGCCCAGAAUCAAAGAAGUCCGAACAACUUUAACAGAAAACACUACAAGUUCAUUGAAGUUCAAGAUCGGACCUAUAGUUUUGAAUUUUUUGUUCAAAUGCUCGUGGGGUUAGGCAAAGCAACCUCCUACAAGUUUUGGAUGUACAUAAUUUUAGUGGUUUUAGGCAAAUUCAUGAGACUCUGAGCUGAUGAAAGAACGAUGUACGGUGAUAACCUAUUCGAGUGGGUCCUUUUUGAAUCUACUUGAUGAUACUUCAAGUCUCGAGAUGCCACCUAUGACAAGUUCGAGUUACUUUAAAGCUCAGAAUCCAUGGCUUCAGCUAUCGCUUGCUGCAGUGAUGAUCUCACACAAUCAUGGAACCUGGUUCUCAUGAAGGAAGAAGGUGCCAUUGUUAGCCAUCUUAUGUUCAUAGUUUAUUGCCUUUGUUACUGGUAUCCCACAAUAAUUUAACAUUUUAUUUUGGGAAAUAAAAGUUGGCAAACUAAAUGCCGAGAAAUUCUUU